CUCCAAUAAAGGAACUUAAGUUUUUCAAAAGAAGGUGCACUAGCAUUUUGGAGUUACCUCUAUCAGACUGUCCUUCUGUCUUCACAAGGCUCUCCUCAGUAAAGCCCCCCGUACUCACAUAUAAUGGCCGACCCGUGGCAGAAUGCAUACGACUUUGCUGUUCAAGUGGCAAGAGCGGCUGGAGCGGUAAUUAGGAAAGCCGGGGAGGAAGAAAUAAAGGUCCAGACGAAGAGCUCCGCUGUAGACCUCGUCACCAAGACCGACGAGAGGGUGGAGAAAAUCAUCAUCGGGUCUCUUAAAGAACAAUUUGGAGAUGGCACACACUGCUUCAUUGGAGAGGAGUCCGUCUCAAAGGGGGAGCCGAUCAUCUUGACUGAAAAACCCACGUGGAUCAUAGACCCUGUGGACGGCACUACAAACUUUGUUCAUGGAUUCCCGUUCGUGGCUGUGUCUAUUGCCUUUGCUGUCAAUAAGGAGUUGGAGUUUGGUGUGGUGUACAGCUGCUUGGAAGACAAAAUGUAUAAAGCAAGAAAAGGAAAGGGAGCUUUCUGCGAUGAGGAACUGAUUCAGGUGUCCGACGUGAAAGACAUCCACAAGUCCAUUAUCAUCUCGGAGCACGGAACAGACCGGAGCAUAGAAAAAGUAACCAAGAUCUUCUCCACCAUGCAGAAGAUCCUCUGCAUCCCAGUGCAUGGGCUCCGUGGGUCCGGGACAGCUGCCACUAACAUGUGUCUGGUGGCGUCGGGGGCGACGGAGGCCUUCUUCGAGAUCGGGAUCCACUGCUGGGACAUUGCUGCCGGAGUGGUGAUAGUCAAAGAAGCCGGAGGAAUAGUACUGGAUGUCAAUGGGGGACCGUUCGAUUUGAUGUCUCGAAGGAUGAUGUCAGCAAACAACGACAUUAUUGCUCAGAGGAUCAUCAAGGAGAUUGAAAUAUUCCCAGUGGUGAGGGACGACGCUCCACAGCAGAAGAAAUGAGAAUAUCCAAAUAUCCAAAAGUCCAAAGGUCCAGUCUAUCGUUGUAUGCUCUGAAUAAAGUUACUAUGCUGUAA